CGCGACGGCCACAGCGAGAAGACCCUUAGCCGCCGGACUUUGCUGGACGGUAACACCUUUCCGCGUCCUUCAGUAACAAAAUGUACUAUAAAUUCAGCGGAUUCACACAGAAACUUACGGGAGCGGCACCGGCCACCGCCUACAGCCCGCAGGGGCUGAAGCCGAGCCUGCCGGAGCCCCCCACGAUGAUCUUCGCAUCACCGACCAAAGUGGUGUCCGAGUCGGGGGCUGUGGUCGAGUACAUGGGGUCCAACAAGGUGCCAGAUCUGCAAAGGAUAUUCCAGAGGGCAGACGGUACCCCAGUCCAUCUAAAGGGAGGUUACGCCGACAAACUGCUGUACCGCACCACCAUGGCUCUGACAGUAGGGGGCGUAAUGUACUGUUUGAUGGCUCUUUACAUGGCAGCACAACCCAAGAAAAACUGAUUCAGGAACAACUGGACUGCCUCCUCCGGUUCACAGCGUUUUUAUAUGUUUUUCUUUUGUUGGGACUCUUAAAAUCCACUAAUGGUGACCAGCCGACUCUUUAAAUAAAUUAUACCAUGUCUGUUUUCUCUGUAAAAAGAUGUCUAUGAAUAAAUUGUAAAAAAUGGAAAAACUA